CUCUGUUCCACAGUGAGACUCCAAACCAGAGGACCUCAUCAGGAACGCACAGCAUGGAGCUGCUCACCAAAACUCUGUUUCUGUGCUUAGCACUUGCCCUCACCAAUGGAGGACCUGUGCCACCACAUGAUGCAGCAGUAGAAGCUGCUGCUCUACCAGACAAAUGUGCUGGUAUUGAGUUUGAUGCCGUCACUCCUGACGAGAAAGGAAACACCCUCUUCUUCAAAGGCAGCCACUUGUGGAUGGGUUACCACGGUGAGGCCCAGCUCUCCAGUGAGUUAUUCAAGGAGCUUGAUGACCACGUCGACGCUGCCUUCCGCAUGCACAGCAUAGGGAACUCAGACAACCACAACCACAUCUAUUUCUUCCUGGACGACAAGGUGUUCCGCUAUUCCAACCACACUCUGCAGGACGGCUAUCCCAAAGAGAUCCAGGAGGACUUCCCAGGAGUCCCCUCUCAUGUGGAUUCUGCCGUGGAGUGUCCCAGAGGAGAGUGCAUGGUUGACUCGGUUCUGUUCUUCAAGGGAAAUGAUGUGCAUGUGUUUGACAUUACCACAAAGACGGUGAAGACCAAGACCUGGUCCAACCUGCCCGUCUGCACCUCCACUCUACGCUGGCUGGAGCACUACUACUGUUUCCACGGACACAACUUCACCAGGUUCAACCCGACGUCCGGGGAGGUGACCGGCGUCUACCCCAAGGACAUCCGCCGCUACUUCAUGAAGUGCCCUGACUUUGGUCACGGAAGUAGCUACAGUGUCCCGAAAUGCAGUGAUGUCAAAUUAGAUGCCAUCACCACUGAUGACACAGGCAAAAGUUAUUUAUUUACAGGCCACAUAUACAUGCGUCUGGACACCCGUCAAGACGGCCUUCACGCCUUCCCAAUCACCAGGGGGUGGAAGGAGAUGAUCAAAGGGGUGGACGCCGUCUUCUCCUACGGUGACAACAUGUACUUGAUUAAGGACGAUCAAGUUUACAUCUACAAAACAGCUGCUCACUACACCCUGAUCGAAGGCUACCCCAAAACCCUGAAGGAGGAGCUCGGCAUUGAAGGACAUGUGGACGCCGCUUUUGUCUGUCCUGGUGAGCACACGGUUCAUUUAAUCCAAGGACAGACGAUGAGUUACGUGGACCUCAGCGCCACACCGAGGGCCGUGAGCCAGAAUUUACCCCUGCCAUUUUCCAUCGACGCCGCUCUGUGCAAUGCGGCAGGAAUUAAGGUGUUCCAGGGCUCGCAGUAUUACUUCUACCUGACCCCCAUGCUACUGGCUAUGAGCAGGAUGGCCCCACAGCCUCUACCUGUUACCAACGCCUUGCUUGGAUGUCAGGAUUAGUAGUUUCUCAGUAAUGUGUCAAACUGGAGAGUGGAAUAGAGAGGAAAGAACGACUGGAGUUUGAGUUGUUUGAUGAAUAAAAUGUGGGGGGAAAAGAA